AUGAGCCGUAGUCAGUCACCAGCAAGGAGCAGCAGGCAGCAGGCUGGCAAGUGUUACCAGGUGUUACCAGGUGUUAUCCAGGUGUUUCCAGUCGUGCGCCACACUCAGUCACCAGUGAAGAGUGGCAGGCAACUGGCUGGCAUUGAGCCACACUGUGUUCAUGUUGUCCCCCCAGCUUUGUGUUCGCCCCUCUUCCCCAAGAAGAACUAUGAAUGCUUGACUAGCUGCGAGUUCCUCAAGUACAUCCUGCUGGUGAAGCAGGGGGAUUGUCCGGCUCCGGAGAAAGCCAGUGGGUUUGCCGCUGCCUGCGUCGAAAGUUGUGAAGUUGACAAUGAGUGUUCCGGGGUGAAGAAAUGUUGUUCGAAUGGCUGUGGACACACUUGCCAAGUGCCCAAGACUCUGUACAAAGGUGUCCCCCUGAAGCCCAGAAAAGAGUUACGAUUUACAGAACUGCAGUCUGGACAGCUGGAAAUUAAGUGGUCCUCGAAAUUCAAUAUUUCCAUUGAACCUGUGAUCUAUGUGGUACAAAGAAGAUGGAAUUAUGGAAUCCAUCCAAGUGAGGAUGAUGCCACUCCUUGGCAGACGGUGGCCCAGACCACAGAUGAGCGGGUUCAACUGACUGACAUAAGACCCAGCAGGUGGUACCAGUUCCGCGUAGCUGCUGUCAACGUGCACGGGACCAGAGGCUUCACUGCCCCCAGCAAGCACUUCCGCUCUUCCAAAGAUCCAGCUGCACCCCCCGCGCCUACCAGCCUCCGGCUUGCAAACUCAACUGUAAACGGUGACGGAAGCGUGACUGUGACCAUUGUUUGGGAUCUGCCUGAGGAACCAGAUAUCCCUGUACAUCACUACAAAGUGUUCUGGAGCUGGACAGUCAGCAGUAAGUCCCUGGUCCCAACGAAAAAGAAGCGGAGAAAGACCACUGAUGGGUUUCAGAAUUCUGUGAUCCUGGAGAGACUUCAGCCGGACUGCGACUACGUUGUGGAACUGCAAGCCAUCGCGUACUGGGGACAGAAACGCCUGAAGAGUACCAAGGUGUCCUUGCGUUUCACACCCACACAUGUUGUCAACAACAGUAAGUGACCUUGU